GUGCGGGGGGGGUGUUGUGUGCCCAUGUGCCCACACCCAUAAUUCUAUGCGCCCCGCCCCCUCGCACAUGUGACCCCACUUUUGGCAUGUGAUGGCACGAUGGGCCUGUUGUUCGCCCUCCCCAGACCCAGAGCCUUUCUAGGAGCCUGGGGAGGGCAAAAAUGGCUUUCCCCCCCCCUCCCCCCCCCCCCCCCCGAGGCUCUCCGGAGGCCGGAAGCAGCCCAUUUGCUGACUUCUGGCAGGACCAGAAGGCUGUUUUCGCCCUCCCCAGGCUCCUAGAAAGGCUCUGGAGCCUGGGGAGAGUGAAAAACGGGCCUUCCCCACCCCCACCCCUGAGGUCCUCCGGAGGCUGGAAACAGCCUGUUUCCCUACUUCUAGUGGACCCAGAAAGCCUGAAAAUAAGCUGAGCUCGCGUGCCCACCGAUAUGGCACCACGUGCCACCUGUGACAGGUGUGCCAUAGGUUCGCCAUCAGAGAUAUAGGAAUAGGCAGAGGGUAAGCUGGAGAGGAGAAGGUGAGAAGGAGCAGGGAGAAAGCAGAACUGCCUCUUUUUAUGCAAAAGGAGGAAACAACCUACCAAAAGCAGCACGGAGGGAGAUAGAAUACUGUAGGUAUACAAGUUGAAAUAAGGAAGGUAUUAGUAAGAGAAUACCUAUCCAGCCUGGAGGAGUACAGAUCAGCUGGGCCAGAUGGUUUGCAUCCCAGAAGGAGUUGGCAGAUGUAAUUUCAGAGCCACAGAAUAGAAUAGAAUUCAAUUCAAUUCAAUUCUUUACUGGCCAAGCAUGAAUGUAAUCUUUCAAAUAUCUUGUAGCACAGGGAAACUACCAGAGGACGGGAAAAGGGCUGGUGUGGUUCAAAUCUAUAAAAAGGGGGAAAUGAAUCCAGGAAAUUAUAGGACAAUCAAUUCGAUGUCAAUACCUGAGAAAAUCCUGGAAAAGGUAAUCAAGCGGAGGAUUUGUGAACACCUAGAAACAAACAAGGUGAUUACUAGAAGCCAGCAUAAUUUUUCAAAAAACAGAUCAUGCCAGACAAACCUUGUUGCUUUUUCUGACAGUGAUUAAAUUGGUGGACUAACAAAAGGCCGUACACAUAGUAUACCUGAACUUCAAUUAGGCAUUUGACAAAGUGGGCUACAACUUACUUCCUGGUAAGAUAGAACAAUGUCGGAUAGGCAGUGCCACCACCAGAUGGAUUUGCAGUUGACUGACGAACCACACCUAGCAUGUUGUCCUCAAUGGAACUACAUCUACCUAGAGGGAAGCAUGCAGUGGGGUACCUCAAGGUUCCAUCUUCAACAUCUUAAUAAAUGAUCUAGAUGAGAGGAUAGAAGAACUCAGGAGAUGACACCAAGCUGGAGGGAAUUGCUAAUUUGGGAAUCUUGACAGACUUGAACAGUGGAGCAUCCAACAAGGUGCAGUUUAAUGGUGAGAAGUUAAGGUCCUGCACAUAGGCAGGAAAAACCAUAGAUACUGAAUAGGUGAUACCUAGCUCAACAGGUCUAGGUGAGAGAGAUCUAGGCAUCCUAGUGCAAUGGUCACCAACCUUUUGGACAUCAGGGAUCACUAAAUUCAUAAUUUUAAAUCCCGCGGACCACUAAUAUGAUUUUUUUUAAAAGAUAAAUAGUAUUUAGUGCAAUAUAAAAAAAUGCAAAUAAUUUUUCUGUGGACCACCAAAAUUUUCUCAUGGACAACAAGUGGUCUGUGGACCACUGGUUGGUGACCACUGUCCUAGUGGACCCCUAGAAGUCUGAGCCAGCCAUGUGCUGCAGCUGCCAAAAAGGCCGAUGCAGUUCUGGUGGCAUCAACAGAGGGACAGCAUCAAGAUUACAAGAGGUGAUAGCACAGCUUUGUACCACACCGAUAAGACUAGGAAUUGUGCAUCCAGUUCUGGCCACCAUGACAAGAAAAAAAAGAUGCAGAGGCCCCAGAAAGAGUGCAGGGAAGAGCAACAAAGAUCAAAAGGGUCUGGAGACUAAAUUGUAUGAACAGUUGAGGGAGCUGCGUAUGUCUAAUUUAUAGGACAGGAGGAGGGGGGGGCAUAAUAACACUCUUCCAGAACUUGAGGGGCCAUCACAGAUGAGGGGAUUGACUUAUUCUCCAAAGCACCAGAUGCCACCACAAGAAGUAAUGGGUGGGAGCUUGUUAAAGAGAGAUCAAUCCUAGAACUAAGAUUAUUCUGACCAUAGAAUAAUCCGUGGAUUAGCUCGCUGCCCGGAAUUGUGGGUGCUGCGUGCCAGGAGGUUUUCAAAAAUAGACGGGGCAACCAUUUGACAGGGAUUGUAUGAGGUCUCCUGCCUUGAGCAGGGGGUUGGAUUAGAAGACCUCUGAGGCCCCUUCCGGAUUCUUCCGGAAGGAUUUCGCCAACCUUUGAAUCGCGCGCGCUGCCCGCUCAGUGGCCCCGGCGCCAGCCAAUGAGCAGAACCGCGGGCCGCGGAGUCCAACCGGCGGCCGCGGUGGGCGGGCCGUCGUGAGAAGCGCGGGCCAUAUAAAGGCGCCCCGGCGGAGUCGGCGGCUUCGGGCUUUCGUGGAGGGCGGCGGCCAUGUCGGGUCGCGGCAAGGCGGGCGGCGGGAAGGCGCGGGCCAAGGCGAAAUCGCGCUCGUCGCGCGCCGGGCUGCAGUUCCCGGUGGGCCGCGUGCAUCGGCUGCUGCGCCGCGGACACUACGCGGAGCGGGUCGGGGCCGGCGCUCCCGUGUACCUGGCGGCGGUGCUGGAGUACCUGACGGCCGAAAUCCUGGAGCUGGCGGGCAACGCGGCGCGCGACAACCGCAAGACGCGCAUCGUCCCGCGGCACGUCCAGCUGGCGGUGCGCAACGACGAGGAGCUCAGCCGCCUCCUGGGCCGCGUCACCAUCGCGCAGGGCGGCGUCCUGCCCAACAUCCCCGCCGCGCUCCUGCCCCGGAAGGCCGCGGCCCAGGGCGGCGGGACGGCGGGGCGGAAGAAGGGCGCCCUCCAGGCCUCGCAGGAGUACUAGGCGCGGCGGCGGCGGCGGCGGCACCGGAGAGCGACCCGAGGACGCGGAGCUGGACGAGCCGGAGGAUUGGACCCCCUGCGGGCGCCACGUGCUUGGACUCGGGACUGGGCGGCGGGAAGCGGCUGCCCGCGCUCCGCCACCCAAUAAAAGGACGUUGAAAACG